AUGGUCGUGUUUACGUGUUCCUAUUGCGGAGCAUCUGUGAAGAAAAAUCAAGUUGAGAAACAUUAUUCAUUUUCAUCAUGUCGUUUUUCUACCCCCGCCUUGACUUGUGUGGAUUGUUUGAAAGAUUUCAAUGGCAAUGAACAUGUUGCGCAUACCUCGUGCGUUACUGAAGCAGAAAGAUAUUCUGCCAAAGGAUUCGUGGCGAAGCCACCGGUAGAAAAAGGGAAAAGGAAACAAGAGGAAUGGGUUAGUUUCAUCCAAAAAACCCUGGAAAGUGACGCAUGUUUGAAUGGUGCCGUGAAAAAUAUUUUAAAACGAAUAGCAAAUGAUCCUGGUGUUCCCCAGAAAUAUAAUAAGUUCGUAAAUUUUUGUAAAAGUAAAUUCGGAUCUUGGAUAAACACGAAUGCUGUGAGUGAAACUUGGUCAUUCCUUGAAAAGAAGAAAAGUGAAUUCCAAAAACUGCGAGAAAAUGAAGACAGAAAGCGGAAAAGAACAGAUUCUAGAAAUGAGUCUUGUACCGAAUUUUCAGAAAAUGGUAUUACAGAUGCAAAUAAAACCAAGCCUGAAAAUUCAAGAAAGAAGAAAAAGAAGCACGACAUGCAAGAUAAUUCUGCAGAACUCGGAAAUGAUGUAGAGGUUGGUAUUGCAAAUGUGGAAGCAGAAUCCAAGAAGCAGAAGAAAAAAAACAAAUCAAGUUUCGCAAAUAGUGAUCAUGUAAUAGAACAGGAAAACUGUAAUAAUGUAAUAGAAGGCAGUGUUAAUGAUAUAAUAGAAGAUGAAGACGUUAUUUUAGGGGAUGUCAAAGAAAAUGAGUCUUUGAAUCUUUUGAGUAAAAAGGAUAAGAAGGAAAAGCGCAAGAAAGAAAAGUAUGAGAAGCAACUAUUAGAAAUCCAGAAUGAACCAUUACAUGUUGAUGUUGAAGGACAGGAUAACAAUGAAGAAACCUCUCAAAAGAGUAAAAAGAAGAAGAAAAAGGAGAAACAUCUAGAAAAUGGUGUCACCAAAGACGUAGAAGAUACAACCAUUAAAAUUGCGAGCAAGAAGAAACCUAAAACAGAACAAGAAAUUGAGGUGAUUAAAAAUGAAGAAGCAGAACUGGAAGAAGCUGUGGAUACUAAACCUGGAAAAUUUAAUUGGGAAGACACUGUGGUUAAAUUACUUGAAUCCAAAGGAGAGUUGCCUCUUAAAAGGGUGGAAAAGAAAAUAGUAAAUGAAUAUAUUAAUUCAGGUGUUCAUGUGGAGUCUGUGGAAAAGGUUAUUGCCAAGUUCAAUAAAAAAAUUUUGAAAAUGUCAAAAGUGAAAGUGAAAAAAGAUAUUGUGAAACUUGCAUCAUAA